GUCGACGCGUCGUGCCGUCGUGCUCGUUCUCGUCCAUACCCUGCUUGGCUCCUCAGUCCUCCCCACCUUCCCCCUGGCCUUAACCAGCAAUUCCCAUAUCGCCACUCCCCCAAAACGGGAGCUCAGCGGCGGCGGCCGCAACCCCUCCCCUGAACCCUACCCCGUUCUACCCGGCCACCACCCCACAACAUGGCCCUCUCCCGCCGCCUCCUCCCGCUCUUCCUCCGCCGCGGCGCCUCCAUCCCCACCCGCGCUCUCUCCACGGCUGUCGCACCUGCGGCGGUGGCCUCGGAGGAGGACGAGGCGGCCGUCACCGUCAAGGGCGUGCGCAUCUCGGGCCGCCCGCUCUACAUGGACAUGCAGGCGACGACCCCCGUCGACCCGCGUGUCCUCGACGCCAUGCUCCCCUUCUACCUCUCUCGCUACGGGAACCCUCACUCCCGUACCCACCUCUACGGCUGGGAGUCCGACGCCGCCGUAGAGGACGCUCGCGCCCGCGUCGCCUCACUCGUCGGCGCCGACCCGCGCGAGAUCUUCUUCACCUCGGGCGCCACCGAGUGCAACAACAUCGCCGUCAAGGGCGUCAUGCGCUUCUACCGCGAGCGCCGCCGCCACGUCAUCACCACGCAGACCGAGCACAAGUGCGUGCUGGACUCCUGCAGGUAUCUGCAACAGGAGGGAUUCGAGGUCACCUAUCUCCCCGUGCGCAAGGACGGGCUCGUCGACCUCGCGCAGCUCGAGGACGCCAUCCGCCCGGACACCGGGCUGGUGUCUGUCAUGGCUGUCAACAACGAGAUCGGCGUCGUCCAGCCGCUCGAGGAGAUUGGGCGCAUCUGCAAGGAGAAAGGCGUGCCGUUCCACACUGAUGCUGCGCAGGCGCUGGGGAAGAUCCCGAUUGAUGUGAACAGGAUGGGGAUUGGGCUCAUGUCCUUGUCCGGCCACAAGAUUUAUGGCCCCAAGGGCGUGGGGGCCCUCUACCUUCGUCGCCGCCCUCGCAUCAGGGUGGAACCACAGAUGAAUGGUGGUGGGCAGGAGCGUGGCAUCCGCAGUGGGACUGUUCCUACACCUCUUGUUGUUGGAUUUGGGGCUGCCUGUGAGAUUGCCGCUCAAGAGAUGGAUUAUGACCACAGGCGUGUCAGUGCUCUGCAGCAGAGGCUGCUUGAUGGCAUACGUGCGCAGGUCGAUGAUGUUGUCAUCAAUGGAAGUAUGGAGCACCGUUACCCAGGCAAUCUAAAUUUGUCAUUUGCUUAUGUGGAAGGGGAGAGCUUACUGAUGGGUCUGAAGGAGGUGGCUGUGUCAAGUGGUAGUGCCUGCACUAGUGCCAGCUUGGAGCCCUCAUAUGUGCUGCGGGCACUUGGGGUGGAGGAGGAUAUGGCACACACUUCUAUUCGUUUCGGCAUGGGUCGCUUUACCACUGACGAAGAGGUGGACAGAGCAAUUGAGCUUACUGUGCAUCAGGUGAAGAAGCUCCGUGACAUGAGCCCACUCUAUGAGAUGGCCAAGGCUGGCAUUGACCUCAAGAGCAUCGAGUGGUCACAACAUUGAGGCAGUUUUCAUGACAAACGGUCACUCGAAAGCGUACACGGAUCGCAUACAUAGGCUUAUGGUGCUGCUGGUGAGUACGUUCAUGUGGUGCUCCUACCUCUGAUAGGAUUAUCACACUUUUUUAGCUCUCACAUGGGGCCCGAGUGUAUUCACGAGUGCUUUCUUAGUUGAGUAUCUUGACUUCAAAAUAAGGAUACUUCAAAUACUUGGUAAUGUAUCGUCUGAAAUACAGUUUGAAGUAGUAUUGAAGCGGUGACAAUGAUGAUAACCUAUUUUAGUGCUGACAAAAAAUGUUGUUAUAAUCUCUAGUUGUUACAAUUCCUGCAUAUGUAUUUAUUGUAUGCUUGAUCUGAAAAAUACUUGGGCCC